UUUUAGAGAGAGAGAGAGAGAGGGGAAGUUGAGAAGGGAUCUGAAGUUUGGUGUUUCGAUCGGAUUGGAUUGGAUUGGAUCGAUUAGGGUUUGGAGGAUGGAUUUGGAUGCGUUUCGGAUGAUUUUGUCGAAUUCGAGAGUGAACGUGUGGGAGUUAAUCGACACGGCAAUCACGGUGGCUUCGUUGGACUACGGGCACGAGUUGAAGGAUCGGAGGGACAGAAUCGUGGAGCGACUCUACACAACAACGAGCUCUGAUUUGCGGUGCCAGAACUGCGACGUUGAUCUCCAGAGACCCAACGGCGUUCCCAAAAACGAGGCUUUGUCUUUGGAUUUCAUCAAGGAAGAGAGGAGUCAUGAUGAUGAACAUGAACAACAACAACAACAAAAGGAAGGAGGUUCGCCUUCAACUCCGCAGUCGAUUCAUAGAGACGCCGACGACGACGAUGACAAUGAAGAACGAGAUCCGUACGGAGGUUUGUUCGACGAUGAAGAGACCAGAAUUCUUAACAUCAAAGAACAGCUUGAAGAUCCAGACCAGUCUGAAGAUUCCCUGGUUGAAUUGCUUCAAAGCCUUGCAGAUAUGGAUAUAACAUUCAAAGCACUCAAGGAAACUGAUAUUGGAAGGCAUGUGAAUCGUUUGCGGAAGAAUCCAUCAAAUGAUGUGCGGAGAUUGGUUAAACAACUCGUCAGAAAAUGGAAAGAUUUGGUUGAUGAAUGGGUUAAGUUGAAUACACCCAAUCAACUUGUUUCUUCUUCUCUCAUUGUGGGGGUGUUGGCAGCUGAUGGAGACUCUCCUCAGCAGAAUGUUCCACCUAGUAAUACCCGAAACGGUCUUCACCACCAGGUUCCUGAUUUUGCGUACUCUCCAAAUCCACACAAUGGGAGCUCUGGUUCAGACAAGAACAACUCUGAACCUGAACCUAAAGCAAAAGUAGUUCCUCGAAGAGAUGCUCCUGCUGCCAAACCGACCCAUUCUAUUCCCCUAGCUGCUUCUGCCCCUCCUCCCAAGAGACAACAGAAGGAAUCAAGCCUCGACCUUGAAAGGCUGGCUUCAACAAGAAAACGGCUUCAUGAGAAUUACCAGGAAGCUGAGAAUGCAAGGAAGCAAAGAACGAUUCAAGUGAUGGAUAUUCACGAGAUACCAAAACCAAAGAAUACCUUCUUUGCCAAGAAUAAAGGCGGCCCUCAUGGAAGACACCGAUGAUGAUAUAUGAUCAUGUGUUAUAAUUGGUCAAACAAAUUACCACUAUCUCACUCAGUCACUUCCAACCAAAAACAAAAAAAACAAAAAAUGGACUGUAAAACAGGGUUACCAUAAGGCGGUUUCUCCUGUUAUAAAAUUUUUCCCCCAGAAAAUUUUACUGUUUCAUCGUUAAUUUGAUUUGCUUCAUUAUCUGUGAAAUUAAACAAAGCGUAUUGAAGUGCACAACUUACUUUUGAGGUCCUUAGGUCUCCUUAUCCCAAAAUGCUUUGGAUGUUUCUCAUCUCAAAAUUUUUACAUUGA